ACAUAUGUUUGAUUCCAUGCUCCACACAAAAGUCCUGCUUAACAUGUGAAUUGUGAACCUUCCCCCAUCUCAAAACUCUCCAUAAAUUGGAACCCCAAAACCCCAUUUUCCUCCCAAACCCUCUCUCUACCUCUCUCUCUAUAACCAGAUCUCUUUCUCUCUCUACCCCAUCUUUCUCUCUCAUCUCUCUGCCAUGGCAGGACCUUCAGUGCCUGCUACUCCUCUGCUCAAAGAUGAGCUUGAUAUUGUCAUCCCCACAAUCAGAAACCUUGAUUUUCUUGAGAUGUGGAGACCUUUUUUCCAACCCUACCAUUUAAUCAUUGUUCAAGAUGGAGAUCCUUCUAAAACUAUUAGAGUUCCCGAAGGUUUUGAUUAUGAACUUUACAACAGGAAUGAUAUCAAUCGCAUUUUGGGUCCUAAAGCUUCUUGUAUUUCCUUCAAGGAUUCUGCUUGCAGAUGUUUUGGUUAUAUGGUUUCUAAGAAGAAGUACAUCUAUACCAUUGAUGAUGAUUGCUUUGUAGCCAAGGAUCCAUCUGGGAAGGACAUCAAUGCACUUGAGCAACAUAUCAAGAAUCUUCUGUCUCCAUCAACCCCAUUUUUCUUCAAUACCCUUUACGAUCCAUACAGGGAAGGUGCUGAUUUCGUUCGCGGAUACCCCUUCAGUAUGCGUGAAGGUGCGAAAACUGCUGUCUCUCACGGCCUUUGGUUAAACAUCCCUGAUUAUGAUGCACCCACCCAACUUGUGAAGCCCCUUGAGAGGAACACUAGGUAUGUUGAUGCUGUGUUGACCAUUCCCAAGGGAACCCUCUUCCCUAUGUGCGGCAUGAACUUGGCCUUUGACCGUGAGCUCAUUGGACCCGCUAUGUACUUUGGUCUCAUGGGCGAUGGCCAACCUAUUGGUCGUUACGACGACAUGUGGGCUGGCUGGUGCACCAAGGUGAUAUGCGACCAUCUGGGGUUGGGAGUGAAGACCGGGCUGCCUUACAUAUACCACAGCAAAGCAAGCAAUCCAUUUGUGAACCUGAAGAAAGAGUACAAGGGCAUCUUCUGGCAAGAAGAAUGCAUCCCGUUUUUCCAAAACGUAACCCUCUCAAAGGACUGCACUUCGGUCCAAAAGUGCUACCUUGAGCUCGCCAAACAAGUCAAGGAUAAACUCGGAGGAGUAGACGAGUACUUCAUCAAGCUGGCUGAUGCUAUGGUCACCUGGAUUGAGGCUUGGGAUGAGCUUAACGGAGGAGCUCCCGCUGCUGUUGCUAAUGGCAAAUAAAAGCUUUUUGUAGUGAUUUGAGAAUCGAAGGUCGAACGAUGUAUUGGAUUUCAGGCAGAGAUAUAGGCUAUGUAUUUAUUGUCAUUUAAUUUUAUAUCCUAGGAGUUUUGUACUCAGAACUCCCCUUAAUAUCCUUUUUAUAUUUUGUUACAAGUGAAUUGAGAAUUUGUUAUUUAUUUUUGUCGGAUUUAUAUGUUAGAUGUUCUAUUUAUUCAUUAACCAUCUUUUGGCUCAA